AUGCGGGUUUCUGCCGAGUAUCUAUUCCAAUUGGAAAAUCAUAUCUCCUGCGCCCUAACCGAUUUCCACGUCACUGGCUUUACCCAACCAGUUCCUCUCUACCCCUUACUAGCAGGAUAUGUGAUGGGUUUUGGAGCUGGACUAGGACUAACCACUCAUUUUGCGAUGACAGGAAUCGCGUUAUUCUUUACCUAUCAAAUCGGCGCAAUGAUUGUAUGUUUCGUAAGGAAACAUCAAAGUAUAGCGGGGACAUUGAAGAAAUAUGAGAUUCCAAAACUGGGAAUAAUCCUAAUGGCGAUUUAUUUUCUGUCGUAUAUUGCAAGUGUUCCUGGAAUCUUCGCAACUCUUGGUGUCCCAGAAAACAAGAAAUUCGAGUAUGUCCAAUCGACCUAUCCAGAAUACCUCCUCUCCUUCCAAUCCCUUCCAAACUUCUCAAUCUACGAGACAACUUCUAGUUUCGCAAUUCUCAUUGCCUAUGCCGUCGGUGGCGGAUCUCUCGCCUUUAUUGUAUUCGUUCUAGUCCUUCUGAACAUAUUUCGAAUGUUGAGUCUUCUGAAACCCAAAGUUUCUCGUUCCAACUAUCGAAAGCAUCGAGCUGCCAUCUGGAGUCUUCUCGCUCAAUUCGCCACGUCAUCAGUGAUUUUCGUGCCGCCCAUUGUUUGUGUUUUCGUGAUUUUAAUUGGUAUAAAUGGAUCGCAGUUAAUAAUCGAAAUUCUUCUCAUGAUCGCCUGCCUUCACUCUCCACUGAACUGCAUUGUUCUAGUCAUAACAUUCCCUCCGUAUCGGCUUUUCGUUAUCGACCUAAUUCUCAGAAGACGUAAGCCGAAACCAAUUGGGAUGUCUACUGUAUCAUUGAGACCAUCGGUUAUGUUUAAACAAUUUUUUCCAAGUCAUCCAAUCGUUGGUGAUCAACUCUACAAUUCGACUGUCUGGGGAUCAACAAAAGGAAAAAAUGCAGAGUAUCAGAAGAGUUUUGGGGAGCUCUGCGAAGAUGUUCGAAACACGCACAAAUCUGAAAAUUGGCACGAGAAACCGAAUCCGGAUUUCGAACAACGAAUGGAGCAUCUCGCCGCCGAUUCUACAGAAAUCACACCGGAAACGCCAGGACUUUCUGUAGAUCAACGACCGGAAUUUGAUGAAAUUUGUCAGAAAUGCAAUGUGGAGUCGAAGAAAGUGCCCGAUAAUCAUUAUCAGUUGUUCUUGCAUUGUUUGAAAUAUGAGACACCGAAAUGGUGUUUUAAAACGGAAUUGCCGGAAUGGGCGGUUCAAAAGUAA